UUCAUUUGUUCAGUCUGAUUCACUGAUAGAAAAGUGGGGUAGCCGGCCGUAGUUGAAUAUGACUCCGAACGUAGAGUUAAUCUGAUGAAGAACUGGUAAUUAACAAAUGUGAAAAUAAUAUAAAAACUUUAUGUCCGUUUUGUACUUUUACAUGCAUUGUGCCAGUGGUUUAGAUUUAACUUUCACAGUGAAACUUCAAAGCGAGUGUUAAGUUAUUGUGUUAAGUUAUUUCUAGUAAUAUCAAGGUGUGCUCGCAAAAUUUUUCAGUCUUUUCUGAUGGUAACCGACAUCUAUAGUGAAUGUCUGUUUCUAGGAAUUGCCAGCCUUUCACCAUUAGAAAAUUUUUCAUUAUGUUUAAGGAAUUGAUAUGAACACAGAAGACAAAGCAGCGCAUUUAUUAGUGUGAUCUUUUUUUUUUAUUGUCUCGAAGACAUUUCAUCUUUCGAGCAUUUUGAGUGAUGUGUACAAUAUACAGGCAGAAUUAGGUGACCAUCUCUUCAUACGUGUACACGAAUGACUUUGGGCUAGAUGGUUUCACAAUCCAUCUCCGACACCGAGACAUACAUACAUAGCCGAUCAAUUGAAUAAACCACGCUUCUUGCAGACAGAAACGCCGAACAACAAUGUAGGAGUAUGUGUAGCAGAUGGUUAGCUGUGUCCUGAUGGAUAGUGUGUGGGUGUGUUGGUGUGUGCAUGUGCGUGGAAGUACGAAAUACACAUCGCCGUAGAAAACAGCACUCAAGGAAGGCCACUACAGAGCAAGAGAAGAAGAAGAAUAACAAGAGAAGAAUGGCAAGUGAAGAAGAGCGCCUUGCGAGACUGCGAAUGACGUUGCAUUCCUUAGCAACUCGAGUCCCAAAAAUAAUUCUGACACGAGUUGACUGGACAUUUCCUGCUUUGAAGAAUCAGGCUAGUGUUAAAUUAAAUUCAGCAGACAUUGAAGCAAUACACGUCAAUAAGGAUUUUAAUGUCAAGGAACUUCUUCUUCGUGAAUUGUUAAACACAGAAGAAGACUUCAAUUCUUGCAGGAUAUGUAAGAAGUCAUUGUCUCGUGAGACUAACUUGCUGGGACAUUCAAGUGGAAGUAGCAGAGAAACAACAUCUCUUUGUGAAAUGUGUGUCACAUCAUUAACUCCUAAGCAUAGUGCAGUACGACGAUCAAGUGGUCUCGAAGAGCCUUUUUCUUGCAAAGACUGCAAGAAGUUAAACAGUCACGCUAAUUUGUACAACCAUACCAAAGUGCAUACUGCAGAACGGCCAUUUUCUUGCGAAGUGUGUACGAAAAUGUUCGCACGCCGCUCUAACCUAAACAGACAUUUAAGAAUUCACAAUGGAGAACGGCCUUUUUCGUGCAAAGUGUGUAAGAAAGCUUUUGCACAGAGCUCUAACCUAAACAGGCAUCUCAGGGCACACACUGGAGAGCGACCGUUCUCGUGCCAUGUGUGUAAGAAACGGUUCUCUCAGCUCUAUAACCUAAACACACAUCUCAGAAUACACAGUGGAGAAAGACCCUUUUAUUGCGAAGUGUGUGAGAAAACAUUCACUUAUAGCUCUAUCCUGAAGAAACAUCUGAGGGUGCACAAUGGAGAACGCCCUUUUUCGUGCAAAGUGUGCAAGAAAACUUUCGCAGAGAGUUCUACCUUAAACAGGCAUCUCAGAGCGCACAGUGGAGAGCGACCGUUCUCGUGCGAUGUGUGCAAGAAUCUGUUCACUCAGCUCCAUCACCUAAAAAUACAUCUCAGGAUACACAGUGGAGAAAGACCCUUUUCUUGCGAAUUGUGUAAGAAAACUUUCGCUAAUAGAGAUGUCCUGAAGAAACAUCUGAGAGUGCACAGUGGAGAACGGCAUUUUACGUGUAAAUUGUGCAAGAAAAUGUUCACUCGCCGCUUCCUUCUGAAUCAGCAUCUCAAAUCACACAUUUCAGAACAAGCAUGUUCGUGA